UGCAGGCGGAAGGUGAGAGCGAGAGAGAGAGAGAGAGAGAGAGAGAGAGAGAGAGAGGGAGACAGGAGCGGUGCUGAAUCUUCUGUCACUCUCUCUCACUCCACCGUGAGAGCUACAGGACUCAUGCUGUCCUCCUGCACACCCACACACACACACUGAGAGAGAGAGAGAGAGAGAGAGAGAGAGAGAGAGAGAGAGAGAACAUUGAAACACUGAAGAGAAACGUAAGGAUUUUGUGAUUUCUCCCGAGGAGCUUCAAAUAACCCUCGGAGAAGGAUGGCAGAGGGAGAGGGGGGAGAUGAGGAGAUACAGUUCCUACGGACGGAAGACCAAGUUGUGCUCCAGUGCUCUGCGACCGUUCUGAAGGAGCAGAUCAAGCUAUGCCUUUCCUGUGAAGGCUUCGGAAACCGUCUGUGCUUUCUUGAGACAACGUCAAACGCCCAGAAUGUGCCGCCUGAUCUGGCGAUCUGUGCCUUUAUACUGGAGCAGUCGCUCUCGGUACGAGCCCUGCAGGAGAUGCUGGCAAACACCGUGGAUAUGAAUGAGGCAAUCGAUUUGGAGAAAUGGUCUUCUCAGGGAGGAGGUCACCGAACACUGCUCUACGGUCACGCCAUCCUCCUUAGACACCAUCACUCUGGCAUGUAUCUUAGCUGCUUGACAACAUCCCGCUCACUUACAGACAAGCUGGCUUUUGAUGUCGGCCUGCAGGAGGAUUCGACAGGGGAAGCGUGCUGGUGGACCAUCCACCCCGCAUCCAAGCAGAGGUCAGAGGGUGAGAAAGUCAGAGUAGGAGAUGACCUGAUCCUGGUUAGCGUAUCAUCAGAGAGAUACCUGCAUCUGUCGUACGCCAGUGGGGAUCUGAUGGUCGAUGCUUCCUUCAUGCAGACUUUAUGGAACAUGAAUCCCGUCUUAUCAGGGUGUGAGCUGGCAGAAGGGCAUUUAACCGGAGGUUAUGUAAUAAGAUUGUUUCAUGGUCACAUGGAUGAGUGUCUGGCCAUCUCACCACCUGAUCAAGGAGAGGAUCAGCGCAAGAUUGCACAAUAUGAAGGAGGGGCCGUAUGUAGUCAGGCCCGAUCGUUGUGGAGACUUGAGCCUCUGAGAAUAGGUUGGAGCGGUAGCCACACGAAGUGGGGUCAGCCCUUCCGUGUACGUCACAUCACAACGGGUCGCUACCUGUGUCUAGAUGAGGAAAAGGGUCUUAUGGUUCUGGAUCCAGAGAAAGCCAACACCAAACAGUCUGCCUUUUGUUUCCGCGCAUCUAAGGAGAAGGUUGAAGGGGCUCAGAAGAAGCGUGAUGUGGAAGGAAUGGGUGUUCCUGAGAUCAAGUAUGGCGAGUCCAUGUGCUUUGUGCAGCAUCUCUCCACAGGCCUGUGGCUCACAUACGCUGCUCUAGAUGCUAAAGCGGCUCGUCUGGGAACUGUGAAGAGAAGGGCCAUUUUACAUCAAGAGGGCCAUAUGGAUGAUGCGCUCACCGUGUCUCGCUCCCAGACAGAAGAAUCUCAGGCUGCUCGUAUGAUUUAUAACACCACUGGCCUUUAUACACAAUUUAUCAAAGGUCUGGACUCUCUGAGUGGGAAGAACAAAUCGUCUGGCCCGGUGUCCCUGCCACUGGACGGAGUGAUUCUGUCUCUGCAGGAUUUAAUCCAUUACUUCCGGCCACCGGAGGAGGAGCUGGAACACGAGGAGAAACAGACCAAGCUACGCUCUCUACGCAACCGACAGAACCUCUUCCAAGAAGAGGGGAUGAUCACCAUCGUGCUGGAAUGUAUAGAUCGUCUGAAUGUCUACAACACUGCUGCACACUUCUCAGAGUUUGCCGGGGAGGAGGCAGCUGAAUCUUGGAAGGAGAUUGUCAAUCUGCUGUAUGAACUGCUCGCAUCUCUGAUCAGAGGAAACCGUUCUAACUGUGCUUUGUUCUGUGAUAACCUGGAUUGGCUAGUCAGUAAACUGGAUCGUCUGGAGGCUUCUUCAGGCAUUCUUGAGGUGCUGUACUGUGUUUUGAUCGAAAGUCCUGAAGUCUUGAACAUCAUCCAGGAGAACCACAUCAAGUCCAUCAUUUCCCUUUUAGACAAACACGGUCGAAACCAUAAGGUUUUGGAUGUACUACGUUCUCUGUGUGUGUGUAACGGUGUUGCUGUGAGGUCCAAUCAAAACCUCAUCACAGAAAAUUUGCUUCCGGGUCGUGACCUCCUGCUGCAGACUAACAUUGUUAACUAUGUAUCAAGCAUGAGACCCAAUAUCUUCUUGGGUACCUGUGAAGGUUCCACCCAGUACAAAAAGUGGUACUUUGAGGUGAUGGUGGACUACGUGGAAGCGUAUGUGACGCCUCAGGCGACCCAUCUGCGUGUGGGCUGGGGCAUGACUGAGGGCUACAGUCCGUACCCUGGAGGAGGAGAGGGAUGGGGCGGCAACGGUGUGGGUGAUGACUUUUACUCCUAUGGCUUUGAUGGUCUUCACCUGUGGUCAGGUCAUGUAUCACGUCAGGUGGCUUCACCCAACCAGCACGCCCUGGCAGCCGAUGACGUCGUGAGCUGCUGUCUGGAUCUGAGCGUGCCCAGCAUCUCCUUCCGUAUCAACGGUCAUCCGGUCCAGGGGAUGUUUGAGAACUUCAACCUAGACGGCCUGUUCUUCCCCGUCAUUAGCUUCUCUGCUGGAGUGAAAGCUCGCUUCCUCUUAGGUGGUCGCCAUGGUGAUUUCAAAUUCCUGCCGCCUCCCGGUUACGCGCCGUGUUACGAAGCCCUUCUGCCCAAAGACAGAAUGCGCAUCGAGUCUAUUAAAGAGUAUAAGCACGACUUCGAUGGAGUCCGAAACCUUCUGGGUCCCACACAGUCUCUCACACACACCUCAUUCACUCCCUGUCCCGUUGACACCGCCCAGAUCGUCUUGCCUCCUCAUUUGGAGCGCAUCAGAGAGAAGCUUGCUGAAAACAUUCACGAGCUUUGGGCUGUGACCCGUAUUGAGCAGGGCUGGAUCUAUGGAGUGUUCAGGGACGAUAAUAAGAAGCUACACCCGUGCCUGGUGGAUUUCCAGAGUCUUCCCGAACCUGAGAGGAACUAUAACCUUCAGAUGUCUGGAGAGACCCUGAAAACCCUCUUAGCUCUUGGCUGUCAUGUGGGCAUGGGAGAUGAGAAAGCAGAGGAGAACCUGAAGAAGAUCAAACUGCCUAAAACUUAUAUGAUGAGCAAUGGAUACAAGCCUGCUCCUCUGGACCUCAAUCAUGUCAAACUGACACCCAAUCAGAACCAGCUGGUGGAGAAGCUGGCAGAAAACGGGCACAAUGUUUGGGCACGGGACAGAGUGAGACAGGGCUGGACCUACAGCAUUGUGCAGGACAUCAUGAAUAAGCGUAACCCUCGUCUGGUGCCUUACAACUUGCUGGACGAGAAAACCAAAAAAACCAACAGGGACAGCGUGAACAACGCUGUACGCACUCUGAUAGGUUAUGGAUACAACAUUGAACCUCCAGAUCAGGAGAGCAGUAGUCUUGGUGUUGACAACACGCGGGGAGAUAAAGUGCGUAUCUUCAGAGCUGAGAAGCAUUAUGGUGUCACAUCAGGAAAAUGGUACUUUGAGUUUGAGGCCGUAACCACAGGAGAGAUGAGGGUGGGCUGGGCUCGACCGAACGUCCGUGCUGACAUUGAGCUCGGUUCUGAUGAGUUGGCGUAUGUCUUCAAUGGAAACAGGGCUCAACGAUGGCACAUCGGGAACGAUCCGUUUGGCCGUCAGUGGCUGUCUGGUGAUGUGGUGGGCUGUAUGAUAGACUUGACUGAAAUGAACAUCAUGUUCACACUGAAUGGAGAGAUGCUGAUCAGCGAUUCUGGCUCUGAAAUGGCCUUCAAAGACAUUGAGAUUGGAGAUGGUUUUAUUCCAGUCUGCGCAUUGGGUCUGUCUCAGGUGGGCCGUAUUAACCUGGGUCAGAAUGUUAGCAGUCUGCGUUAUUUUGCGAUCUGUGGGCUCCAAGAAGGCUUUGAGCCAUUCGCUAUCAACAUGAAGAGAGAUAUUACCAUGUGGUUCAGUAAGAGUCUACCACAGUUUGUUCCUGUACCUACUGAACACAAUCACAUUGAGGUGUCUCGUGUGGAUGGAACCGUGGACAGCGCCCCCUGCUUGAAAAUGACCCAUAAGACAUUCGGAUCCCAGAACGCUAACACAGAUAUGCUGUUCUUCAGACUGAGCAUGCCUGUGGAGUUUGACCUUACCUUCAAGGUUCUCGCAGGCAGCACUCCUCUCACACGUACCCUCACCAUCCCAGAAGAAGAGGUGCUGGAGGUAGACCCUGACUCUGACUUUGAGGUCCUGAAAAAGUCAGCCAGUCGCAAAGAGCAGGAGGAAAAGGAAAAGGAGCCGUCGGUGCCCAAAGAUAUUCCCGGCAACCAUGAGAAUGACAAAGAUACCGCAUCUGAGAAAGGAAAGAAGAAAGGUUUUCUGUUUAAGGCUAAAAAAGCAGCAAUGAUCGCCCCUCCACCACCUCCAGUCAUGCCCCGUUUGUUCGUGGAUGUGGUGCCCGAUGACCGUGAUGACCCAGAGAUCAUCCUCAAUACAACCACAUACUAUUACUCUGUGCGUAUCUUCGCUGGGCAAGAGCCUAGCGGCGUGUGGGUAGGCUGGGUCACCCCAGAUUUCCACAUGUAUGACCUGAACUUUGACCUGUCUAAGAUCCGUACCGUCACACUGACAGUCGGAGACGACAAGGGUAACAUACACGACAGUAUACGGAGAAGUAACUGCUACAUGGUUUGGGGAGGAGAGUUCGGCAGCAGCCAACAGAGGUUCAGCCAGGAGGAUCUGGUCAUUGGUUGCUUGAUUGACCUGGCAACAGGUCUCAUGACUUUCACAGCCAAUGGGAAGGAGAUCAACACUUUCUAUCAGGUGGAGCCAAACACAAAGCUGUUCCCGGCUGUGUUUUCACUGCCAAGCAGUCAGAACAUGCUGCAGCUGGAACUUGGAAAACUCAAGAACAUCAUGCCUAUUUCAGCAGCCAUGUUCCGUAGUGACCGCAAGAACCCGGUUCCCCAGUGUCCUCCUCGGCUGGAUGUUGAGAUGUUGACCCCGGUGAUCUGGAGCAGAAUGCCAAAUCACUUCCUGAAACCAGAAGUGGGACGGGUCAGUGAGAGGCACGGCUGGAUGGUGGAAUGUGCAGAACCUCUCACCAUGAUGGCUCUGCACAUACCUGAAGAGAACAGGUGUAUCGAUGUCCUGGAACUGUCUGAGCGUCACGACCUGCUGAAAUUCCACUACCACACCCUGAUGCUUUAUUGUGCCGUUUGCGCAUUGGGCAACAACCGCGUGGCCCACGCCAUCUGCAGCCACGUGGACGAAUCGCAGCUCUUCUAUGCUAUUGAGAACACUUACCUGCCUGGCCCACUCCGCAGCGGCUACUACGACCUUCUCAUCAGUAUCCACCUAGAGUCAGCCAAACGCAACCGCUUGGGAACCAACCGGGAGUUCAUCAUUCCCAUGACGGAAGAGACCCUCAGUAUCAAACUUUACCCGGAUACCGAGGGGGCCCAUGACCUGCCCGGAGUGGGUCUUACUACCUGCCUCAGACCCAAGCUACACUUCUCCCCCAUCAACUUUGUGGGCACCGACCCAGGCCUGUACACCAUAAGUCCCAUCAUCCCUCUGCAGGAGCUGAAGAUCAAGGCUCUGAGCAUGUUAACCGAAGCCGUGUUUGACGGCAGUCAUGCCAUGCGUGAUCCUGUAGGGGGCAGCGUAGAGUUCCACUUCGUUCCCAUCCUCAAACUCAUCAGCACCCUCCUCAUCAUGGGCAUUUUCAACAACGACGACGUCAAGCACAUCCUCAAGAUGAUCGACCCCAACGUUUUUGGAAAGAACGAGGAGGCGAAGGAGGAGGAGACAAGGGAGGAGGAAUUGGGAGAGGAAGCUGCACCCAAGGAGGAGGGUGAGGAGGUGAAAGAAAAAGAAGAAGUGGCUGAAGGAGAGGAGGAGGUGGUGGAUGAAGGAGUAGGCGAGGAGGAAGACGAGGAGGAGCUUAAAGCUCUGAAAAAAGGGGAGGAGGGGGAGGAAGGAGAGGAGGUGGAGAAGAAGGUUGAUGGAGAAAAAGCAGAAGAAGAGAAGGAGGCGGAGGAAGUAGCAGAGGAGGCCAAAGAGGAGGAAGAGGAGGCACCAGAGGAGGGGCUGCUUCAGAUGAAGCUACCAGAGUCUGUAAAACUGCAGAUGUGCACCCUGCUGCAGUAUUUCUGUGACUGUGAGCUCAGACACAGAGUCGAGGCCAUUUUGGCGUUCUCCAAUGACUUCGUAGAGGAGGUCCAGUCAAACCAGCGUGAACGCUACAAAGAGCUGAUGAGAGCAUUUACCAUGUCUGCCGCAGAGACUGCCCGCAGGACCAGAGAGUUCCGCUCUCCUCCUCAGGAACAGGUUAUUCUGUUGACUAACUUCAAGCACUGCCCUGAUGACGAGGAGUGUCCUGUGCCCGAGGAGGUGCGAGAAACCCUCCAGAACUUCCACAAUGACCUUCUGUCUCACUGCGGUGUCCAUGUUGAAGAAGAAGCAGAGGAGAAAGAGGUGGACACAUCUCUGAGAGGGAGAUUGCUUAGUCUGGUAGUCAAGGUCAAGAGCCUCAGAAAGAAAAAAGAGGAAGGGGAGCCUGAACCUGAGGAAGAAAUCAAACCUAGUACUUUACAGGAGCUGAUAUCCCACACUAUGAUCCACUGGGCCCAGGAGUCUUUCAUUCAGAAUCCUGAGCUGGUUCGGCUCAUGUUCAGUCUUCUCCACCGGCAGUAUGAUGCUCUGGGAGAGUUGAUCCGCGCCCUGCCUAAAGCCUAUGCCAUCAGCGGCGUGUCCGUACAGGACACCAUGGACCUUCUGGAGUGCCUGGGGCAGAUUCGCUCCCUGCUCAUCGUCCAGAUGGGGCCAGAAGAGGAGACGCUUAUGAUUCAGAGCAUUGGGAACAUCAUGAACAACAAAGUUUUCUACCAGCAUCCUAACCUGAUGCGUGCCCUGGGCAUGCACGAGACGGUCAUGGAGGUGAUGGUCAACGUGCUGGGAGGUGGUGGAGACUCUAAGGAAAUUCGAUUUCCACAAAUGGUGACCAGCUGCUGUCGCUUCCUGUGCUACUUCUGCAGGAUCAGCCGUCAGAACCAACGUUCCAUGUUUGACCACCUCUCGUACCUGCUACAGAACAGUGGCAUUGGACUGGGAAUGCGUGGAUCUACCCCUCUGGAUGUUGCUGCCGCAUCCUGCAUUGACAACAAUGAGCUGGCUUUGGCUCUGCAGGAGCAAGACCUUGAAAUGGUGGUGACGUACCUGGCUGGCUGCGGCCUGCAGAUGUGUCCCAUGCUGUUAUCUAAAGGCUACCCUGACAUAGGAUGGAACCCGAGCGGAGGAGAGAGAUACCUGGACUUCCUGCGUUUCGCUGUGUUUGUCAAUGGUGAGAGCGUAGAGGAGAACGCUAAUGUGGUUGUUCGUCUGUUGAUUCGUCGGCCUGAGUGCUUUGGCCCCGCCCUCAGAGGAGAGGGUGGUGCGGGUCUGUUAGCUGCCAUUGAGGAGGCCAUUAAGAUCUCUGAGGACCCUGCCAGAGAUGGACCGACCACUAAAAAGGACAGACGUUUCAUGUUUGGAGCGGAGGAGCAACACGAGGAGAACAGGGUGCAUCUUGGAAAUGCUAUUAUGUCAUUUUACUCGGCCCUUAUUGACUUGCUGGGACGCUGCGCCCCUGAGAUGCAUUUGAUCCAAGCAGGGAAAGGUGAAGCUUUGAGAAUCAGAGCCAUCUUGAGGUCUUUGGUGCCCAUUGAAGAUCUUGUGGGAGUCAUCAGUCUGCCCGUUCAGAUACCCACCUUUGGCAAAGAUGGUCAGAUUGUUGAGCCAAAAAUGUCAGCCAGUUUUGUGCCAGACCACAAAGCCUCCAUGGUGCUGUUCCUGGACAGAGUGUACGGCAUUGAAAACCAGGACUUCCUGUUACAUGUGCUGGAGGUGGGCUUCCUGCCUGAUAUGAGAGCCGCAGCUUCUCUAGAUACGUUGGCGUUCAGCACCACAGAGAUGGCACUCGCUCUCAACCGUUACCUGUGCUCAGCUGUGCUGCCUCUGCUCACUAAGUGUGCCCCACUGUUCGCUGGCACAGACCAUCGGGCUAUUAUGAUCGACUCUAUGCUGCACACCAUCUACAGACUUUCCCGUGGCCGAGCCCUAACCAAGGCCCAGAGGGACGUUAUAGAGGACUGUCUCAUGUCUCUUGUGAAAUAUUUGAGGCCAUCUAUGUUGCAGCAUCUGUUGAGGAGGCUUGUGUUUGAUGUGCCAAUCCUAAACGAGUAUGCCAAGAUGCCCCUCAAGUUGCUGACCAAUCAUUACGAGCGCUGUUGGAAGUAUUAUUGCCUGCCUAACGGAUGGGCGAACUUUGGAGUCACAUCAGAAGAGGAGUUACAUCUUUCUAGAAAACUCUUCUGGGGCAUCUUUGAGUCCCUCGCACACAAGAAAUUUGAUGCUGAGCUGUUUAAGAUCGCCAUGCCCUGCAUCUGUGCCAUUGCUGGUGCCAUUCCUCCAGACUACGUAGAUGCUAGCUUUUCAUCCAUGACUGAGAAGAAAGCAUCUGUUGACGCUGAGGGCAACUUCGAUCCCAAACCAGUGGAAACAACCAAUACCAUCAUUCCUGAGAGGCUGGAUGCUUUUAUUAACAAAUAUGCUGAGCACACGCAUGAUAAGUGGGCUUUUGAGAAGAUCCAAAACAACUGGACUUAUGGAGAGGUUCUAGAUGAGGACGGCAAAACCCACCCCAUGCUCCGGCCGUACAAGACUUUCUCAGAGAAGGAUAAGGAGAUCUAUCGCUGGCCCUUUAAAGAGUCCAUCAAGGCCAUGUUGGCUUGGGAAUGGACUUUGGAAAAAGCCAGAGAUGGAGAAACUGAAAAAGUGGAAGUAAAGACCACAAGGAAGAUCUCUCAGACUGCUCAUGCAACCUAUGACCCGAGCCAGGGAUACUCUCCCCAACCGGUGGACCUUACAAGCAUGGCUUUGUCCAGAGAGCUACAGUCUAUGGCAGAACAGCUUGCUGAGAAUUACCACAACACAUGGGGCCGUAAAAAGAAAAUGGAGCUCCAAGCCAAGGGUGGUGGCACCCAUCCUUUGCUGGUACCAUAUGACACACUGACAGCCAAAGAGAAGGCACGAGAUAGAGAGAAAGCUCAAGAUCUGCUCAAAUUCCUCCAGUUUAACGGAUUCGCUGUCACCAGAGGUUUGAAGGACAUGGAGCAAGAGAUUUCCUCCAUUGAGAAGCGUUUUGCUUACGGGUUCCUACAGAAGCUGUUGAAGUGGAUGGAGAUCGCACAGGAGUUUAUUGCUCAUCUUGAGGCUGUUGUGAGCAGCGGAAGAGUUGAGAAAUCUCCUCAUGAGCAAGAAAUUAAAUUCUUUGCUAAGAUUCUGCUUCCCUUGAUAAACCAGUAUUUUAAGAAUCACUGCAUGUAUUUCCUGUCCACACCUGCUAAAGUCUUGGGCAGUGGUGGCCACGCCUCCAACAAAGAGAAGGAGAUGAUCGCUAGUAUCUUCUGUAAGUUGGCCGGUCUGGUGAGACACAGAGUUUCCCUCUUUGGCACUGAUGCUUCAGCAGUGGUCAACUGUCUUCAUAUCCUGUCCCACUCAUUGGAUGCCAGGACUGUGAUGAAAUCUGGGCCUGAGAUUGUGAAGGCUGGUCUGCGCUCCUUUUUUGAAAGCGCUGCCGAUGAUAUUGAGAAGAUGGUUGAGAACCUUAAAUUAGGGAAGGUGUCGACUAAAAACCAGGUGAAAGGUGUAUCUCAGAAUAUAAACUACACCACCAUAGCUCUUCUGCCAGUGCUCACCUCUCUGUUCGACCACAUUGCCCAGUACCAGUUUGGAGAUGAUGUCAUGAUGGAUGACUUGCAGAUAUCCUGUUAUCGGAUCAUGUGCAGCAUCUACUCACUGGGCACUGUAAAGACCCCUCAUGCUGAGAACCAAAGGCCAGCUCUAGGAGAGUGUUUGGCUCAUCUGGCCGCUGCCAUGCCUGUCGCCUUCCUGGAGCCUAACCUCAACGAAUUCAACUCAUACUCUGUGUACACUACCAAAACCCCAAGAGAGAGGACAAUUCUGGGUCUGCCCAGUCAAGUACAGGAGCUGUGCCUGGACAUCCCUGAGCUUGAUGUGUUGAUGAAGGAGAUCGGAGACCUAGCAGAGAGUGGGGCCCGUUACACAGAGAUGCCUCAUGUGAUUGAGAUCACCCUGCCUAUGUUGUGUAACUACCUGCCUCGCUGGUGGGAGAGAGGACUGGAGAACUUCCCUGAGCAGGAGGGAUGUCUCUGCACCGAUGUCACCUCUGAACAGCUCAAUCAACUUCUGGGCAGCAUCAUGAAGAUAGUGGUCAAUAAUCUGGGCAUUGAUGAAGCUUCCUGGAUGAAGAGACUGGCAGUGUUUGCUCAGCCAAUCGUAAGCAGAGCGAAGCCAGAGAUGCUCAAGUCCCACUUCAUUCCCACCAUGGAGAAGCUGAAGAAGCGUACUGGAAAGGUGGUGGCAGAGGAGGAUCAGCUGCGGAUGGAGGGCGAGGUGGACAGUGAACAGGGAACCAUCCGGGAUGAGUUUGCUGUGCUUUGCAGGGAUCUGUAUGCUCUUUACCCGCUGCUCAUCCGAUACGUGGACAACAACAGAGCGAGGUGGUUGACCUGUCCCGAUCCUGAUGCUGAGGACCUCUUCAGAAUGGUUGGAGAAGUUUUCAUCUUCUGGUCCAAAUCUCACAACUUCAAGCGUGAGGAGCAGAACUUUGUGGUGAUGAAUGAGAUCAAUAACAUGUCCUUCCUCACCGCUGACAGCAAAAGCAAAAUGAGCAAGGGUGGCGGUUCAGAUGUUGAGCGAACCAAGAAGAAGCGCCGUGGAGACCGUUACUCUGUUCAGACCUCACUGAUUGUAGCCGCCCUGAAGAAACUGCUGCCCAUCGGUCUCAACAUGUGUUCCCCUGCAGACCAAGAGCUCAUUAACAUGGCCAAGAUCCGCUACUCUCUGAAAGACACAGAUGAGGAAGUAAGAGAGUUUCUGCAGAAUAACCUGCAUCUUCACGGCAAGGAAGAGGACCCUUCCAUGCGCUGGCAGAUGGCUCUUUAUAAGGAGACCUCAGGUAAAGCUGAAGAUGCCGAUGCAGCUGAGAAGGUUGUGAAGAGAGUUCAGGAGGUUUCUGCCGUUCUCUACCACAUUGAGCUGACUGAGCAUCCUUUCAAAUCCAAGAAGAUGGUUUGGCACAAGCUUCUGUCCAAACAGCGUCGCAGGGCGGUGGUGGCCUGCUUCAGGAUGACGCCGCUCUAUAACAUUGCUAGGCAUAGGGGAUCUAACAUGUUCCUUGACGGAUACAGGCGCAACUGGAUCGAAAAUGAAGGUUACUCAUUUGAAGACAAGAUGAUCGACGAUUUGUCUAAAACGCUGGAGCAGGAAGAGGAAGAAGAGGAGGAAACCGAGGCGAAACCGGACCCCCUUCAUCAGCUCAUCCUUCAUUUUAGCCGUACCGCUCUCACCGAGAAAACUAAACUUGACGUUGAUCAUCUCUACAUGUCAUACGCUGACAUUAUGGCAAAAAGCUGCCACAUUGGUGAGGAGGAUGAAGAGGGAGAGGAGGGGGGCGAGGAGCUCUCCUUUGAGGUGCGACAGACAGAGAUGGACAAGGAGAUGGAAAAGCAAAGGCUUCUGUACCAGCAGUCCCGUCUGCAUGAACGCGGAGCAGCCGAGAUGGUGCUGCAGAUGAUCAGCGCCUGCACAGGUGAGACGGGAGCCAUGGUGUCCUCUACUCUCAAACUUGGCAUCUCCAUCCUCAACGGAGGCAACUGUGACGUUCAGCAGAGAAUGUUGGACUACCUGAAGGACAAGAAAGAUGUGGGCUUCUUCCUGAGCUUACAGUCCCUCAUGCAGACCUGCAGUGUUUUGGACCUGAAUGCUUUUGAGAGGCAGAAUAAAGCUGAGGGUCUUGGGAUGGUGUCAGAGGAGGGCAAAAAGGAGAAAGUGAUGUCGGAUGAUGAAUUCACUUGCGACCUCUUCCGCUUCCUGCAACUGCUCUGUGAAGGCCACAACAACGAUUUCCAGAACUAUCUGCGCACACAGACAGGCAGCACAACCACUAUCAACAUCAUCAUCUGCACUGUCGACUAUCUGCUCAGACUGCAGGAAUCUAUAAGUGAUUUCUACUGGUAUUACUCGGGGAAAGACAUCAUUGAUGAACCAGGCAAAAGGAACUUCUCUAAAGCAAUGACCGUUGCUAAGCAGGUCUUCAACAGCCUGACUGAGUACAUACAGGGUCCUUGUACGGGGAAUCAGCAGUCUCUGGCCCACAGCAGGUUGUGGGACGCUGUUGUGGGUUUCCUGCACGUGUUCGCACACAUGAUGAUGAAGCUUGCACAGAUGCACCCUGACCUUGGACUUCGAAAUAGCGACCCUUUUUGGAAUAGAACACAUGCUGAGGAUUCCAGUCAAAUUGGUCUGUUGAAGGAGCUGCUUGAUCUGCAAAAGGACAUGGUGGUCAUGCUUCUCUCUCUACUGGAGGGCAACAUUGUGAAUGGCACCAUCGCUCGCCAGAUGGUUGACAUGCUCGUUGAGUCAUCCAGCAACGUGGAGAUGAUUCUCAAGUUCUUCGACAUGUUCCUUAAACUGAAGGAUAUUGUGGCAUCAGACGCCUUCCGUGACUACGUGACCGACCCCCGUGGCCUCAUCUCCAAGAAGGACUUCUCCAAAGCUAUGGACAGUCAGAAGCAGUACACACCAUCUGAAAUCCAGUUCCUCCUGUCUUGCUCGGAGGCCGAUGAGAACGAAAUGAUCAAUUUCGAGGAGUUUGCCGAUCGCUUCCAGGAGCCAGCUAAAGACAUCGGCUUCAACAUCGCCGUGCUGCUUACCAACCUCUCUGAGCAUGUUCCUCACGACACUCGCCUAAAGAACUUCUUGGAGCAGGCCGAGAGCGUGCUGAACUACUUCCGCCCCUUCCUGGGCCGUAUCGAGAUCAUGGGUGCUAGCAAGCGGAUCGAACGCAUCUACUUUGAAAUCAGCGAAGCCAAUCGCAACCAGUGGGAGAUGCCACAGGUCAGAGAGUCGAAGAGGCAGUUCAUCUUCGAUGUGGUCAACGAGGGUGGGGAAUCUGAGAAGAUGGAGAUGUUUGUGAACUUCUGCGAGGACACCAUCUUUGAGAUGAACAUCGCCUCGCAGAUCUCUGAGCAGGAGGAAGAAGUGCAUGAAGAUGAGGACGAGGAAGAUGAAGAGGAGAGCGGCGGUGGAGGACAGGGAGAAGGAGAUGGAGAAGAAGGAAACGGAGAAGCACCGGCUGAAUCCAGCUCAGCGUUUGCCGACUUCAUCAAGAGCAUUGUGAGCCUCUUAAGCCUGUUCACUUUCCGUAAUCUCAGGCGGCGGUACCGCAAAAUCAGGAAGAUGACCAUCAAGGAAAUGGUUGUUGGAUUGGUGAUGUUCCUCUACACCGUCCUCUUUGGCAUCCUCCAUUUCAUCUACAGCGUUUGCAAAGGAUUCUUCAUGCUCAUCUGGAACACCCUCUUCGGAGGCGGCCUGGUGGAGGGAGCGAAGAAGAUGACGUUGACCGAGAUUUUGACUAACAUGCCCGACCCAACUCAGGACGAGGUGCACGACGACCUCCCCCCUGAGCCAGGAGCGAGAAAACUUCAAGAGUCGGGUGGAACUGGAGAGGGUGAGGAAGGAGCGGGAGGAGGAGAGGUGGAGGAGGAAGAUGGAGAAGAAGAUGAUGGGGAAAGGGCUGGGUUUGGUCCGCAUGGUGGACUUGGAGACAUGGGUGAAACUGAGCCAGAGGAACCUCCGACUCCAGAAGGAAGCCCGCUGCUGAAGAGAAAGCUGGUGGGUGAAGUAGAGGGAGAGGUGGUAGAGGAAGAGAAAGUAGAAGAAGAACCAGCCCCAGAACCCGAGAAAGCAGAUGCUGAAAAUGGAGAGAAAGUUGAGAAGGAGGCUGAAGCGGAACUGGAGGAGAAAAUGGACGAGCUUGAGGAAAUCAAGGCAAAGGCUAAAACAAAGAAAGGCAAGAAAGAAGAAGGACAUGGCUUUGAAAUUUGGAAUGAACUUGAAGUCCAAAGAAACAAGUUCAUGAACUACCUGGCUCGUAAUUUCUACAAUCUGCGUUUCCUGGCUCUUUUCAUUGCCUUUGCCCUGAACUUCAUUCUGCUCUUCUACAAGGUCUCUGAAAGCCCCCGUGGCGAGGAGGAGUUGGAAGGUUCGGCCAUGUUUGAAGGUUCGGGUGUAUUUGAAGGCUCUGGUGUGUUUGAAGGCUCUGGUGGAGAGGCUGAAGGUUCAGGACUUGAGGAGAACGGAGAGGAAGAUGACGAAGAAGGAUAUGUCUAUUUCUGCCUGGAGGAGAGCACUGGAUAUAUGGAACCCGCUAUGGCCUUCUUUUCUAUAUUACACUCCGUCAUUGCCUUCCUGUGUAUCAUUGGCUACAACUGUCUGAAGGUUCCUCUCGUCAUCUUUAAGAGAGAAAAGGAACUGGCUCGUAAAUUGGAGUUCGAUGGUCUGUAUGUGACCGAGCAGCCGGAGGAUGAUGAUAUCAAGGGCCAGUGGGACAGACUCGUCCUCAAUACACAGUCUUUCCCAAACAACUACUGGGACAAAUUUGUGAAGAGAAAGGUGCUAGAUAAGUACGGUGACAUCUACGGUAGAGAAAGAAUCGCUGAGCUACUGGGAAUGGAUCUGGCGUCUCUCGAUGUCAGCGCUAUGAUACACGGGAAGAAACCUCAGCCUGAUACCUCGAUGUUGACAUGGUUGACAUCUAUCGACAUCAAGUACCAGAUCUGGAAAUUCGGCGUCGUGUUCACUGAUAACACGUUCCUGUACUUGGUCUGGUACACGGUUAUGUCCUUGCUCGGCCACUACAACAAUUUCUUCUAUGCCUGCCAUCUGCUGGAUAUCGCCAUGGGUGUUAAAACCCUGCGCACCAUUCUGUCCUCCGUAACCCACAAUGGCAAACAGCUGUUGAUGACAGUGGGUCUGCUGGCUGUGGUGGUCUACCUCUACACCGUGGUGGCCUUUAACUUCUUCCGCAAGUUCUACAACAUGAGCGAGGAUGAAGAUGAACCGGAUAUGAAGUGUGAUGACAUGAUGACUUGUUAUUUGUUCCACAUGUAUGUGGGCGUGCGAGCCGGUGGCGGUAUAGGAGACGAGAUCGAGGAUCCGGCCGGGGACGACUACGAGCUUUAUCGUGUGGUCUUUGACAUCACCUUCUUCUUUUUCGUGAUUGUCAUUCUGCUGGCUAUCAUUCAGGGUCUGAUUAUUGAUGCUUUCGGUGAGCUGAGAGAUCAGCAGGAGCAGGUCAGAGAAGACAUGGAGACAAAGUGCUUCAUUUGUGGAAUUGGAAGCGACUACUUUGACUCGACUCCGCACGGCUUUGAGACGCAUACGAUGGAAGAGCACAAUUUAGCCAAUUACAUGUUCUUCCUGAUGUAUUUAAUCAAUAAAGAUGAAACGGAGCACACAGGACAGGAGUCGUAUGUGUGGAAGAUGUAUUCGGAGAGAUGUUGGGAUUUCUUCCCCGCUGGUGACUGUUUCAGAAAGCAAUAUGAGGAUCAGCUUAGCUAAUUCUACAUCCUGAAGAGCGUUCGUCUGUGUAUGAGUAUAAGUUCAGGAAAAGUGUGCAGAAUAGCCAGAAGAAGGGAUCGCGAAUGACCGAAUGUAGCCUUGACUAAAUUCAUCACAUCACACUGACUGCACAAACCCUCUUAAAUAACUUAAAAUCUUUAAUUUCCCACUUGUGUUUGACUAAAUGAGAGAGAAACAAGCAAACGCAGAAUUUUACAUUGUACAUACACACUUUAUGGCCUUCUUCAUAAAUCAAAUGAAGUCUAAAUGAACCAACAACACCCCUGAACAAAGCCUUUCCUCUCCGUUUUGUCUGUGUCCAUAUGAAUCUAAAAACAUCUCGGUGCCUAUUAUUGAAUCUUAACAUCCAGUAAAAUGAGGCAUGAAGUAUGAUGAGUUUAUUGAUAGUGUGUAGCGAUCUUUUAUGUGUACUAGCUGUUCAUUACUUUGAAUUGUAGCGUUUAUAAUAUAGCUUUUGUUUAUUUAUUUGUGUAUACCACAGAAAAAUAGCCAUAUGAGUGGCAGCGACAUAUUCUGUAUGAAGCAUUUUGACAAAUAUGAAGCCAGGUUUUCUCCUGGCACCUUGUGCCAACAUGACAAUAUUUUGUGAUAACGUGAUAUCAUAUUAUUCUUAAAAGGAUAAUAUAAGAUAACAGAGGCCCAAGACAUCUCUCCCCUCCUGAUUUAAAAUUCUUAUAAAUGUUAUUCGCAGUGGUCUGUCUGUCUGUGGUCUCGUGAGUCUGACUUUUUAAAAAUGUGACACCACCUGUUUUGCACUCUAGAGUCUUAUAAUGAAACACUGUAUCCAUGCCGAAUUUAACCACUUUCAUGGUGUCCUGCUAGACAAUGUUGUAUCACAAUAUAGAGGUGGGGAUAGUAGUUCUUGGGUCAAUCGUUUUCUCUCUAGACGUAUAAGACAAUGUCCUUUGACUCUGAUUAUGGGAUGGAAACACUGUGGUUUUAUGCACAUGUGUUUCAGUAUCAUUACAUGGGUUCUUCAAAAGUGAGUGUGCGUAGAGCAAUGUUGCUUUACUGUCAUUUAAGAUCUUGACAAGUAAAUUAUGCUGAAUUGCUCAAAUAGCAAAUUUACUGUAUCAACUUAAAAACAUAGAUUAUAUAUUUUUGCUGGAGUUGUCUCUGAUUAAGUUGCUCUGAACUGUAACAAGUGAGUAUUUAUUAUGUACCUGUUUUGGAGAAAAGCAGAACAUAGGUCACAAAAAAUAGAAAAGGCGAAAAAGUUAUGUUAUAACUUAUAGGUGUAAGAAAGAAAAUGUGUUUUGCCUUUAGAUUUUUACGAAUCUUUAUGGCAAAGUGUCAUACUUUAUUUUUCUGUCAAAUAUAGAGGAAGUAUAGACGUAGGUCUCUGAUAUUUGUGCAUCAGAAGUCUCCAGGCGACUGAAACAUGAACAAACAAACUCACAUGUGCGUGUAUCACCCUGUGCGUUCUGCGGACAUGUUGUGAAAGCACAUGAUGAGCGUGUGUUGAGGUCUUUUGGUGUGUUUUGCUCUGAGAGCUCACAGAGAGGAGAGAUGUACUCCUCUCUUUAGAUCUGACUGUGUAUCAGCCUGAAUGCUGCGUUUCAAUGCACAUUAAACAGAUUACAAUAUUUUAAGAGCA